CGCCCCAGGUCUAUGCCAAUAACGCAUACAUGGUCAGGGUUGCUGAGUCCGGCUGCGCUAGGAAAUUGCGCAGAUUGCGGCGGCCUGACGCUGCCUGCAGAGGCCGAGGUUGGACGCCGGGGAGCUGCAACAUCCAGGGGACAGCAUGCCAACUGCCAAGCAACUAGCUGACAUUGGCUACAAGACCUUCUCUACCUCCAUGAUGCUUCUCACUGUGUACGGGGGCUACCUCUGCAGUGCCCGAGUCUACCACUAUUUCCAGCGGCGCAGCUCCCGGCGCCAGGCUGCAGAAGAACAGAAGACCUCAGGAGUCCCGUAGAACCGGGGGGCUAUUUUCCUUGAACAGAGAGGCCUGAGGCAUGCUGUGGAACGAUCUCACCUGCACUCGGUUCCAAGUCAAGAGAACUAGGGCCUUAAUGGUUUCCAAAUCCUGCUGAGAAAAAGCGCCCAUGUUUUCUCUGAUACUCCAUCUUGGGGAGGCUGUUGAAUCACAACAGGAAUGGGAGGAUAAGGCAGACAUUAAAUAUUUUGCCGUGUC